AUGGACCUCCGAAAAUCAGUAGGGAAGCAAAACGAGCUCGCUCUUAGAGUGGCUAAUCACGUGAUCACCACCACCGACGCGAAAACCUCCAACCUCGUGUUUUCGCCGGCGUCAAUAAAUGUCGUACUCAGCUUCCUCGCUGCCAAGUCUGGCGGAUCCACUGCAGAUCAUAUUCUCUCUUUACUACAGGCUUCUUCUACCAAAGAGCUUAAUGCCGUGUCGGCCAAGAUAGUAACAGACAUCCUCGCCGACAGAACCGCAAGUGGCGGUCCAACGAUCUCGACAGCUAACGGCGUCUGGAUCGACAAGACUCUCUCUGUUGAGACUUCUUUUAAAGAUCUCAUAGAGAAUUCGUAUAAGGCUGCUUUUAACCUAGUUGAUUUUCGCACUAAGGCUGAUGAAGUGGCUGAAGAAGUGAAUGAAUGGGUUAAGAAUCAGACAAGAGGACUCAUCACUGACCUCAUAAGAUCUGUUUCUCCUAUGACUGAUCUCAUAUUUGCUAAUGCACUCUUCUUCCAUGGAAGAUGGGAUGAAGAAUUUAAACCAUCGUUCACUAAAGAUUCAGAUUUUCACCGUCUUGAUGGAACUAAACUACGUGUUCCCUUUAUGUCCGCAUACUUCUCUUGCAAACACCGUCUUGAACUCUACCAAGGUUUCAAAGUCCUUCAGUUACCAUACAAGGGAGGAAGCAACGACGAUCGUUGUUUCUCGAUGCUAAUCUGUCUGCCUGAUGAAAAAAAUGGGUUGCAUGCAAUGAUGGAGAGGCUAGCUUCUUGUCGUGGCUUCUUGAAUGGUGAUGGAGACAUUCGUGGGGAAUGUGUAGAUGUUGGAGAAGUUAAGAUUCCAAAGUUUAAGUUUGGUUUUGAUCUUGAUGUCUCGGAAGCUCUCAAGGGUUUGGGAUUGGAGACGCCCUUGGAGAAGAUUGCCCACAAGGCUUUCAUUGAGGUCGAUGAAGUGGGAACGAAAGCUGCCGCUGCUACUGCUAUGUCUUGUUUUGGCGGUCCUAUGCUCCGGAAAUACUAUGACUUCGUGGCUGAUCAUCCGUUUCUCUUCAUUGUCAAGGAAUACAGAAGCGGCUUGGUUAUGUUCCUCGGUCAAGUUCUUGAUCCUUCUAUGCAUUAA